CUUUACAUGUUGCGAUUGAAUGCUCAGUGUUGACAGACAGGCCAGACCCCUAAUAAAUUAGUGAACCAUUAAAAAAAGAAAACAAAACAGUUCUAUUGUUAUCUUAUUUCAUUCAAAUAACCAGCAAUUCACUUUCACGUUAUGCAGGAAAUUCCAGAGACACAACUGCCAAAACCUGAAGCAGAUCGGAGGAACAAUGAGUGCAUCAUAGGACAAAAGAGGAAUGCAACUGCAAGUAGAGGAAUGAAAGUGGAGCCAGACUACGUGAACCUGUCCCCCACAGAGGAGCUGGCGUUCCUGAGGUCGCGUGUUCAGGAGCUGGAGAGGGAAAAGGCCGAAAUGGCUGCGGAGAAUCAGCGGCUGAAAGACAUGCUUGUGAACGAGAUUCCGUCUCUUCUUUCCUCGAUGAAGCAGACCAUGUCUAUUUGCGCAACAAAAGGGAACAGCUUGGACUUCGCACAGCCACACUCUGUGGUGGACGGCGCUGCCUUUACCCAGCCGAUGUCAGCUGGUAUGGGGAGAGUGGACAGCGCGGAGUUCGUCCACACGGUCUCGGCCUGCGCCCGGAAGGCGGAGCACGCGGAAUUCAUGCAGGUGUCAAACAGCGGCAGGAGGCCAGAAGGGGUGGAAUACAUGCAGACGGUGCCGGCCAACAUGGAGGAUGACGGCGAGUACGUGGUGACCGACGAAGAUGGCGGCGUGGUCUGCCCCGUGGUCAUCACCGACGAGGACUGUCACACGUGCCCCAGCUCGGCCUGCAGCUCACCAGACCUCCCUCCGGCCAGGGACUGCUCGGAGAUGGAGCAUCUGCACGUGUCAGGGCGUGACCGCGCCCAUGUGAGGCAGGUGGAGGUGUACCCGGGCUCCAGCGUGUUCUGCGAGGCACGGGCGUGGCACGCAGCGAUUCAGGCACAGUCUCCCACGGCGAUGGCGCGGACCCUGCUCCUCGGCGUUUUCGACAUGGACACCCUGCUGCACAGCAACCUGAGGGGAGGGCGGAGCAGGAGGCCCACCUUCCCAAAUCACCGCGCAGGCCUUGACCCCCAUAAGCUGGACGCCAUCUACAAUGCCACCCUGGCGAAGUUCCCGCUGGCCAGGAAGGGACAGAUAGGCACCGGGAUCAACUCCAAGCUGUCGGAGAUCAGAUUCAAAUCCAGGCGAGCCAGCCGGGAAAGGAGAGGAUUAUACACUUGUGAGGAUUUAGAUGUGAGAAAAUUGUGAA